UUACCUGCAGGGUCACCGUUUCUUUUGUGUUUUUCAGGUGGCUCAGAAAAAUGAUGCGUUUCUUAAUAAUUGCGAUUAUUUUGAACAUUACUACGUCACAAUGCAAGCAGAUAAACAUAACAAUCAUGGUUCCGGGGAUUGUUUCUUUUGAACGAUUAGUGGCGGACGCGAUGCCGCUACCGGAUGGGGUGGACCCGAAAGAUUACUAUGACGUUUACAGUUACGAGUCUGGGCCGACCUCCACGCCGGGAUUGGAGGACCAUUUUCCCGCGGAGAUGAACGAAAUGGAGUCGGGCCCGGGGACGACAGCGGCGACAAGUUAUGCCUACGAUUCUACAGCGCCUAUGUAUGGGGAAAGCGACUAUAUGUAUAAUUGCGUCGACGAAAACCGAGUACCUGACAUCAAAUGCUUGUCUCAUGGCCACUGGUUGUACCCCUGGUCACAUAUGUUUGCUAAACCAGCUCUGGAAAUCGCACUGGAAAAGAUAAAAAACACAAGCGGACUUUUGGACGGAUAUGAGAUAAAUCUCAAGUAUUAUGAUUCCGGUAAUAGAGUUGGGAGAGCGUCUUCAAGACUCUCCCAAAUAGCCUCAGUGGACGCAAUGAUGAAAGAUAGGAUGACCGUCCUCAUAGGGCCGAUGGACGCCUAUUCAAUGGCGAGAGUCGUAUCGUUUACGGCGCAUUGGGAUAUCCUGACUUUUACACCGGGAGCCAUAUCAGCGGGACUGAGGACACCGUACGAGGAUGAGCCAACAGACAACACAAUGAUCAGAACUGGACCUGUCGCAACACAAGUCGGGAACUGCGUGGCUGCAUUGUUACGUCAUGAGAACUGGACAACGACGGCCGCGGAAGUGUUCGAAGACAAUCUACCAGAAAGGCCGUAUUACUUUAUGGCUGAGGGAAUUUACGAGGGAGUGGUCAAAGAUAACAAGGACUUCAAGAUGACCCAGGGGAGGCUGUCAGAGUUCCAACUACCGAAUCUAGAAUACGAUUUCAAAACUGCGAUCAGGACGCUCAGUAAAGUCGGAAGAAUUUUGAUCAUCACCGCCGACGAUUUCAUCAUCCGCGACUUUCUGAAACACGCGUAUGAAUAUAAGCAGAAGGGGGACUACGCUUACAUCAUCAUUGACUUAGAGGAUAAAUUGGGACCUACACCUUGGAGGUGGCGGUCGCUUAAUGGGACAUUGGUGGAGGACGAAGCAGUUCGAAAAUCUUGUGAGAGUGCUCUCAUUGUGACGUUGAGAAAAGAAAGUUCUAGAAAAUACUCUCGAUUUGUUCGCGACUUGAACGAACGAUUAAUGCGGUCGCCAAGAGAGAACAGUAUGGAAGCGAACAUCACGCAAAAAACUACUCAAGUUCUUCUAAAACGGGAAAUGGAAAAAUUCGGCGCUAGUGAUAUAACGGAGCUGUUUCAGAAAAACCGCUAUCCCGCUUAUUUCCACGAUUCCCUCCUAAUGGCGGCACAUCUGCUGAAUGUUAGUUUAACUGAAAACACGACCGAUCCCACCACAGCCGAGCUACCACCGGAGUUUAACCGUGCUUGUGAAACGGCACAAGAAGAACCCGUUUUUCCUAAAGGACUUCACCUUAUGGAAAAGUUCGUGCUCAACAAAGAAUUCGAAGGUGUAAGCGGUGACAUAAAUAUCAACGAUCAAGGCGAUCGAACUUUCGACUUCUCUGUGUUGAGUCUUGACCCUAAUAAAGGGCAAUUCAGACCGAUCGGAGAUUACUCCGCAAAAUAUGGAGCCUUCUACAUGCGACCCGGAGCAAAAAUUUACUGGCCGUCAGGUGUCGCACCACGCGACGUCCCGAAAUGUGGAUUCGACCAGAAGAAAUGUGCAAAAGAAAGGUUGACAUUGAUUGAAGCGAUCGUUAUAUUGAUUGUUUCCAUAGCAACAGUGGCUGUCAUAUUGUCUGUAAACACGUACAGACGGCAUAGUUUGAAGAAAGAACUCGAAUCCCAGCUAUGGAGAGUUUACUGGCAUGAUGUCACGUGGCCUAUUUCACCCAAUAGCGUGCUAGGGGGUCAAUUAGGGGGUGAUAUGGGGCUAGGGGAACCACCAGCCGAAAGCGAGCCAUCACUCGGUGAAGUCAUAUCAUAUUAUGUGCCAUCUUUAUCGCCCGCUAUCGCUGCUAAACGCGCUCAUCGAAGAAAGCGGAAAUGGUCGUCGAAUUCGAGAAAGAAUGAACGCGUGUGUGAAAAUGAGCGGAAAACGAGUGCAGGGUCUCUGAUCAGCGAUAAAGUAUGGGGUGGUCUUACUACAUUGGCUCUAUAUAAGGAUAAAACAGUUGUGGUAAAGUUAACAAACAGAAGGAAAGUUGAAUUGACAAGAAGAGUUCUGAUGGAAUUAAAACACAUGCGAGACAUCACUCAUGAUCACCUCACAAGAUUUGAAGGCGCUUGCGUAGAAUGGCCGCAUAUAUGCGUACUUACGGAGUAUUGCAGGAAAGGUAGUUUGAGAGAUAUUCUGUUGAAUGAAGAAAUACAACUUGAUUGGAUGUUUCGAGUUUCGCUGAUGAAUGAUCUUGUUAAAGGCAUGAGUUUCUUGCACGGAAGUUCCAUCCAUUCCCAUGGCAACCUCAAGUCCACAAACUGUGUCGUGGACUCGAGGUUUGUACUGAAGAUCACAGAUUAUGGCCUCGGCUCGUUCAGAAGCGUCCCAUCUUAUGAAGAAUCUGAGAGACAAUGCGAAAAGAAACUAUGGACAGCGCCUGAACUGUUAAGAUGUACAUCAUUAUCGCCGAUAGGAACGCAAAAGGGCGACGUUUACAGUUUCGGAAUUAUUCUGCAAGAGAUUGCUCUCCGCAAAGGAACGUUCUACGUCGGGGGAAUCCCCUUAUCGUGCAAAGAGAUUGUGAGCAAAGUACGGAAUGGAUUCCGGCCCUACUUCCGCCCCGUAACCGACACGUCAACGCUAACGGAGGAUUUAUGUUCCCUAAUGCAGAGGUGUUGGGAUGAAGAUCCCAAUGAAAGGCCCGAUUUUAACCAGACCAAGAAAAUAAUCGAAAAGUUUAACAAAGACAACCCUGGAAACCUGGUUGAAAACCUCUUGCAUCGAAUGGAGCAAUAUGCUAUUAACUUGGAAGGAUUGGUUGAGGAACGAACCGCUGCUUAUAUGGAAGAAAAACGUAAAGCUGACGACUUGUUGUACCAGAUGUUGCCCGUGCCUGUAGUGGACCGAUUAAAACGUGGAGACUCCGUACCAGCCGAAGCCUUUGAGAGCGUCACCAUUUUAUUCUCAGACAUCGUUGGUUUUACAUCCUUAUCUGCCUCGUCCAACCCUAUGCAGAUAGUCAAUCUACUGAACGACCUUUACACCUGCUUUGAUGCGAUCAUUGAUAACUUCGAUGUAUACAAGGUUGAAACAAUUGGAGAUGCUUAUAUGUUGGUAUCAGGGCUACCAGUUCGUAAUGGUAUACGGCAUGCAACUGAAAUAGCACGUACUGCUCUUGCAUUGCUACGCGCUGUUGGCGGGUUUAAGAUCAGACAUCGACCCAAUGAACAACUUAAGCUAAGGAUUGGAAUACAUACAGGUCCCUGUUGUGCUGGUGUGGUUGGAUUGAAGAUGCCUCGAUAUUGUUUGUUUGGUGAUACCGUGAACACAGCUUCGAGGAUGGAGUCAAGUGGCAUGCCAUUGGCCAUCCAUGUAUCUGAGUCAACCAAAGCACUUCUUGAGAGAUUUCAGUGUUUUAAACUUCAACUGAGAGGGGAAGUCCCUCUUAAGGGAAAGGGGACUGUCACAACCUAUUGGUUGCUUGACGAGACUGUUUUUGACGAGCCUUCUAUUGACGAAAGCGAAAGUCAUGUAUGACUAGACGUUCAUGGGGAUCAGGAUGGAAACUCUCUAGCGCUAUCUCCUGGUGAAGUUUCGGCAAGUCAGGAUGAAUGAUUUCAAACUUUGCAAGACUUGUUAAAAGUUAAACAGCAAGAACUAAUGGAACCUGAAAACAAGCACAAGGUUAUUGCCAAAUACUUGUAAUUUGCACAGCAUAAGUGCUGCUAUAUACUUUGGCUUUUGAAAGCUAUUUUAACAUUGCAUAUGGCACUGGAGUGCUGCAUUUACAGAAUUAUGUUUUAAGCUUAAAUUAUUUGGUUUUUUCUUUUCUGCAUGCACGACACCCUGUACUUUAAACAUGGGGUGGAAUUUACACCCAACACCCUGUACUUUAAACAUGGGGUGCAAUUUACACCCACAAAAGAAGUAUUGGUAACUUUAAUAAUUAUUUCUAGGGAUUUUGAUCAUACCACACACAACUAGAGCUACUUUAGUUAUGAUAGCUGUUAACUUUGUGGAGAUAUUUCUGGUUUAAAAUAAUGUGAGCUGUUCCCUUUAUUAUAAAACCCACUCGUCAACUAAUGGUCUUUAUGUCUUCAGUGUUGCCAAGACAAAAAGUUUUCUUGUAAAUUUAAUGCCAAACCAUAACACGGUGACGUUUUUAUUAUUUUUGUGAAACACUGGUGUGAUUUUAUCUUGGCAUUUUUGUGUACAGCGAAAAUCGAUUUAUUUAAGAUUUAAAACUGAUACUACGAAAGAUAAUGUCAAACUACAUUAAGAUUAAUUCUAUCUAAUAGACUUACAUGUGUUCUAUUCUGAACAGCAUAUACUGUUAACUAAUUAAACCAUAAGCCUAUUUUUUCUUAUACAUGUCGAUUAAGUGUAUUUGCUGCUAAAUAUAUAAGUUUUUAUUUAAUUAAAAAUCAAAAUUGAUAUGAAUUUGAAACAAUUGUUUGUGACCAAUCAAGUCGUAUUGUCAACAUCACAAAUACCUUUAUGAUGUCAUCAAUCAUCAAAUUUUCAUUUGUAUUUUAUCGCUGAGUAUUGUAUUGUUUUCAAUACAUGGUGUUGCUUGAAUAUUGACUAGUUUCCUUUUU